GGCUAGGGCUCAUCGCCUCCGACGACAUCCCUAAAGGGUCCGACCUCAUUGUUCUUCCCGAACACAUUCCUCUCCGAUUCGAGGCGAAAGACGGCCAAUCCUCUGCUCUUACUCAUUUAGCUCGACAUGUUCCCGGAUAAUUGAAUUUUGUAUACGGAAUAAAUUGGACAUUUGGAGCAUUGCACAGAGGAACUGUGGGCAAUGAAAUUGGGUUUAAGGCUUCUGCAAGAAAGAGCGAAAAAGGGUUCAUUUUGGUGGCCAUACAUCAGCAAUCUCCCUGAAACUUAUAGUGUUCCCAUCUUCUUCCCCGGGGAGGAUAUCAAGAACUUACAGUAUGCACCUCUCCUUCAACAGGUAAAUAAGAGGUGCCGUUUCCUUCUUGAAUUUGAUAAAUUGGUAAGAGAUGCACUUGAAAAUGUCAAAUUGGAUGACCACCCUUUUGGAGGGCAAGAGAUAGAUGCAUCGGCUCUUGGAUGGGCUAUGUCAGCUGUUUCAUCUAGAGCUUUCCGGCUGUAUGGCAGUAAACGUCCAGAUGGGACCCAUGACGAUGCUCCCAUGUUGCUUCCACUGAUAGACAUGUGCAACCACAGCUUCAAGGCAAAUGCUAAAAUUGUUCAAGAAAAAGAAGCAAGCAAUGAGAACAUGCUCGUAAAGGUAAUUGCUGGAACACAUAUUAAGCAAAAUGAACCAUUAGAGCUCAAUUACGGCUGUUUGAACAAUGAUUUGUUUCUUCUAGAUUACGGGUUUGUCAUUCCCUCUAACCCGUAUGAUUGUAUCGAACUCAAAUACGACCCAGCACUUUUUGAUGCUGCAAGCAUGGCUGCUGGAGUUUCGUCUCCAAACUUCUCCUCUCCAACGCCAUGGCAGCAACAGCUUCUUUGCCAACUAAACUUAGAUGGCGAAAAUCCCGACCUUAAGGUGAGGAUCGGAGGAUCAGAGCUGGUCGAGGACAGACUCCUGGGUGCGUUGAGGGUCCUCCUCUGCAACGACAGAGAAGCAGUAGAAGCGGUGGAUAUGAAGACACUGAAAUCUGUAACGACAGAGGCUCCUCUAGGGAUAUCGAACGAGGCAGCCGCUUUUCGCACCAUUAUCGCUCUCUGUGUAAUCGCUCUGCAGCACUUCCCCACGAAGAUCAUGGAAGACGAGCCCCUGCUCGAACAGACUGUCUCUCCGACUACAGAGCUAGCCGUCCGGUACAGAAUCCAGAAGAAGUCUCUCAUCAUUGACGCCAUGAGGAAUUUCACCAACAAAUUGAGGCAGCUUUCGUCGCAGGAAUCUGUCGCCUCUCAAUAAUACAAUCACAGCUUCAUCUCCUAAUUCCAUUACCGUUUCAUCGAUAGCUUCAAUUUUCGUGUGGAGUUUGUAAAAAGAAACCUCGUGAAUGCUUAGAGGCCAAACUAGCCCCUAUUUGGAAUCAAGAACUUGGAUGAAAAGUAAUAAGAUACCUAAAAUUAUCUUGAAA